AGGUGACAUUGGAAAAGAUCUCCAAAGUCUCCAGGAAUGCUAUAGAUUGUUAAAUAAAAUAUAAUAAUCUAGGAAAAUGGGAGCCUUGUAAGUAUUUAUAUAUAAAAAGGAGGAGCGGGCGCCGGUGCCGUUCGGCGGCGGGAUCCUCAAUGCCCUCAAGAACAACUGGCGGGGGUUACUCUCCUUCGUCCUAUGUAUCAUCUGUCUUUGCGCGCUAUGCCAACCGUUUAAGGAAGGCAAAAACACGUUGAUAGCAAUAUGGCUGUGUAUGUUCGUGCUCAUGCUGAUCCGGCCCGUGGCGGUGGGCGCGAGCGGGUUGUUUCCCAUCUUCGCCUGUCCCAUGCUGGGGGUGAUGGCUAGUGUCGAAGUCUGCAGCUCUCUUAUUAACGAGAACAUAAUGAUGUUCUUUCUCGGCGGAUGGCUAAUGUUAUUGCUGAACAACUGUGGCAUGGACAAGAGGAUUGCCUGCCUGAUUCUGUCUUCAGGAAACAAGAACGCGUAUACGCCGCUAAAAUUGCUCUUAAAGUGCUGUAUGGCUGCUUUCUGCGUUUCGGUGAUUGCUGAAAGGGAUUUAACAACACAAGCAAUAAUGAAGUAUGUUAUACAGGCGCUAGAACCUCUUAAGGCAGUGAAAAAUGAAGCUGAUUUCGUGGAGUUAAAGAACAUUUUGUGCAACGCUAUAGCUGUUUCUUCCCUUCUCGGUAGUAUGUGCUUCGUGCAUGCAUCUCUUACGACGUUACAGCUCAGGUCAAUGUAUUCCGAACCCACAGUACAGGACACGGAGUUCCCCGACGUGUUCAACUUCCUCAACUACAGCGCCUACGCCGUCCCCACCGCUCUCCUCAUGUUCAUACUCAACACGGUGUAUGAGGCAAUUUUGGUCAAUAUGUUGGCGGCAAACAAACCAAUGAGUGCUUUAAGCACAGAAACAUUACAAAAAUCUUUCGCCAAAAAUAAGACGGAUCUUGGACCUAUGACUAAACAUGAAAUGGUUUCUACGUUUUUCCUGGUUCUUAUCUUGGUCUGUUUCUUCACCCGCUGGUCCCCUUGGUUGAACAUGGGCUGGGCCACCUUCCGUCAGUACGGCGGAGAAGCGCCAGAUCUGUGCGCAAUAAAGGAUGCCACGACAGCAGCUAUAUUCGUUGUGCUUUUACAUUUUCUGCCAAAAUCGCUUAAUUUCUUGAAAAUAUGGACGGUCAAAAGGCACGGAGAUAUGCCGGCGAUGAAAGUUGAAUCUGGAAUAUUGUUCUGGAAGUUUGUGGACAAGAAUACAGAUUAUUCCUUGUUCCUGGUUUACGGCGCCGGUCACACAAUAUAUAAAUGCAUCUUCAAGACGGGCCUCGCCGACGGCUUGCCCAACAGCGGCGGCAAUGACAUCACUGGCAUGUCCUGGUACGGGGGCAUCUUCAUCGUGGUGCUCGUGUCUGUGAUCUUCGGGAACAUCAUGACGGGCAUGGCGGCGCAGGCGUGCCUCAUGCCUCUUAUGUUGGCUAUGGCAAUGACGGGGCAGGGCAAGUGGCCCGGACGGCGGAACCUGGUGGCGUUGGGCGUAGGGCUGGGCACGGGCCUGGGCUUCUGCCUGCCUUUCGAGCACACACCCAGCGCCUUUGUCAGCAAGACGGCUAAGGUCCAGCUUAAGAAGCAGAUAAUGUACUCCAUCGCGAGCUCAAUAAUCUGCAUGGUCGUGCUCUGGCUGAGCCUCUGUUUCUACGCGCCCGUGCUGUGGGACCCCGAGGACAAGGGCAUCGUGACCCAGGUUGUUCCGGGAGGAGCCACCACCACCACCACCGAAACUGCAGCCCCUGCACCACCACCAGCUUAGAACUCUAUACACUCCAAACGCUGCGUCACACUGCACGGCGAUUAAAGCGCCUCGUGCGCCUCAACUCCGCGUGGACUACGGGGUGCCUAGCCAAGGUGACAAUCGCCACCGCUACGAAAACGAAACUCUGUCUCUCUAUCGCUCUUCCAUAUUAGUGCGACAGUGACAGUUGCGCGUUCGCCACGGAGUAUAAUAAACGAUUGGCAUGUUGGCUACGCAUCUAGAUGUGCAAGUUGCAGCUAGUUUCCUAAAAAGUCGGAAAAGUUCUCGGAAAUUUCAGGAUAACUUCACAAGAAACAAAUAAAAUGUUUAUCUUGGAAAUAGAUUAUUUCGAUUCAAAAAUCUAGAAGAUCCGAAACUUUUCCAAGUAAAAAAUUUCACAGUUUUGAAAACUUUCCGACAGAGUCACAGAGAACGAUGCCCGCAAUUUGUGAACUUCGGUGUUCGCGGUAGGCCCUCUGUAGCUUGUACUUAUUCCGCCUAAAAACAAGUAUUCUAUUAUAGAGACGAAAAGGUAAUAAUAUAACGUCGGGUGACAAGCAAAAGUCACUAAGUACCACCACAAGUUCAUAGCCAUAGUGAACCAUAUUAGUACUAGAAGAAGGUCGAUUAUUGUUUAAUUUUUUUUUAGUAAUUAGUGUAUUUUGCUUGUCACCUGACGAUACUUAAAUUAUGCCAAAUCUGACUGGUAUGGUCUUAUGGCACUUUUAGUAGU